UUAAAUUAAAAUUUAGUAGAGAAAUUUCAUAUUGAGAGGUAAAUUAUUCUCUAAUAAAGACGAUUUUAUGUUUGGAGUUUGCAUCCGAGACAUUUGAUUAAAAACUGAGUACUUAUCACUUUAAGACAAUUUUUAUUUGUGUACUCUCGUUAUUUUAUUUCUUCGCCCUUCUCCUUUUAUUCACUUCUUAUCAAUUUUCAAACAAUUCCUUCAUCUUCUUAUUUCUCCUCCUCCAUUGUUCACAUGUGCCCAAAAAAUGAAUUUACCUCUCCAUUUUAGAACAAUUCUGUAUUUAUCCAUUUUCUUUCUUUCAUCAAACAUAGUUCUUGGAUCAAAUUGUACCCAUUCAUGUGGCAAAAAAAUUCUUCCAUUUCCUUUUGGUUUCUCCCAUGGCUGCCCAAUCAAACUAAACUGUACCUCAAAUGGAAAAAUUGUCCUUAACAAAUUCCCAGUUCAAUCUGUAACUUCAGAUACCAUUUUAAUCAAUCUUGUAGCACAAUGUAGACGUCCAGUUUCAGCAAUUCACAAUCUUUUUACCCAUAAUUACGCACCUACUUCACGUAACGGAAUACUCUUUCAGAACUGCAGUUUUUCUCAAUCAAGCUGUUUGAUUCCUUCUACAAGGAUCCAAACACAUUUUGAGCUUCUUGAUUGUGGGAAAGAAAACAUGAGUUGUUAUUCUGAACCAAACAGUGACAACAAUUUUAUUGAUUUCAAGAAUUUGUCUAGAACAGGGUGUCGUUCUUUUUUUUCUGCAAUAUCUGUUGAGUCAACGUUGAAUAGUUCGGCAGUUUCUUUGGAUGUUCAAAUGGUUCAAUUGGGAUGGUGGGUUCGUGGAAAUUGUCGGUGUUCUUCAAAUGCAAAUUGUACUAAAAUAAAGUCGCCUGUUGAUGGGAAAAAGGGAUAUCGAUGCCAGUGUUUUGAAGGGUUCAUUGGAGAUGGUUUCUUAGAUGGCUCAGGUUGCCGAAAAGAUUAUACAACAUGCAACCCUUCAAAGUACCUUUCAGGCAAAUGUGGAGGAACCACAAGAGUUGGCGUACUUGUUGGAGGUAUUGUAGCAGGUGCUUCAUUAAUGGUUACUGUAGGCUUAAUGUGCUGCUUUAUUCGACGAAGAUUGAGUUUCCAAAACAGAACCAGAAGAAACCGCGAGUUAUAUGAGACUACAGGGAUCACAAUCCCGGUCUAUCUAUACAAAGAAAUGGAAAAAGCAACCGAUUUCUUCUCUGAGAAACAGAGACUAGGAAUUGGCGCUUAUGGAACGGUUUAUUCUGGAAAGCUUCAAAAUGACAAUUGGGUAGCAAUUAAAAGAAUCAGGCAUAGAGAUACUGACAGCAUUGAACAAUUCAUCAAUGAGAUCAAUCUCCUUUCCUCUGUCAAUCAUCCGAAUCUAGUUCGCCUCUUGGGCUGCUCGAUCGAAAAUGGUGAACAGAUUCUUGUUUAUGAGUUCAUGCCUAAUGGAACUUUGUCACAACAUUUACAAGGAGAAAAGGGGAACGGGCUUCCCUGGCCCGUUCGCCUCACGAUUGCUGCAGAAACUGCACAAGCUAUAGCUUAUCUGCAUAAUGCAAUGCACCCUCCAAUAUAUCACAGAGAUGUCAAGUCUAGUAACAUACUCUUGGAUUACAAUUACAAGUCAAAAGUCGCGGAUUUUGGACUUUCAAGGCUCGGUAUGGUUGAAUCAUCCCACAUUUCUACCGCACCACAAGGAACUCCCGGAUAUCUUGAUCCUCAGUAUCAUCAGAACUUCCAAUUGUCUGAUAAGAGCGACGUUUACAGCUUUGGCGUGGUUCUUGCUGAGAUCAUAACGGGGCUAAAAGCAGUGGACUUUGCUCGUCCCCAAGACGAAAUAAACUUGGCUGCACUUGCAAUUGACAGAAUAGGAAAGGGUAACUUAGAUGAAAUUAUCGAUCCAUCUAUCGAGCCACAUAUGGAUGCUUGGACGAUUUCGUCUGUGCACAAAGUAGCUGAGUUGGCAUUCAGGUGUUUAGCGUUUCAUCGGGAUAUGAGGCCAUCGAUGAUGGAAGUGGCGAUUGAAUUGGAACAACUUAGACUAAGUAAAUGGGCAAAUACGGAAGAUAACAUCACGGGUUCAUCAGAGGGAUCUUCUAUUUCAUCAACUUCAGGUGUGAGUGAAAAACCAUUGAAUCUUUCCAUUAAGAAGCAAGAAAUGGAUAUAAAAGCCAUUUUUUCGACGGAAAAAAUAAAGGAUUAUUCCCCUGUUUCAGUACAAGAUCCAUGGAAUAGUGAGCAAAGCUCUCCAUCUUGUAGUAGUUUGCUUAAUCAUAUAGUCAAGUAAUUUUGUAAAGGAUUCAUUUCUUCUUUGUCAUUUACUUACAGGAACAUGUAGCGUGUCGAAAAUGUCGUAUACUAGCAAAAAUUUAGUAGCCAGAA